AUGAAUGCUCCAAAGGGGACUCCGAUGCUAACAGAUUUGUGUGUAGAUGAACCGGCCGUCGCUGACUCGUUUCCGUUGAAGAGGCUCCCCGACGAGCUCCUCCUCCAGGUCGUCGCCCAAGUCCCCGAAGUCGAUCUUCAUAACCUCAGCUUGGCUGCCAGACAUAUCGGCUCCAUGGCGCAGGAGGCACUCCAUCGAUACCCCACGAUCUCUUACACCGACAAUGCCAUGCCGCGACAAAUUGCCCGACUGGCUCGCACCCUCUUCAGUCGUCCUGACCUAGCACGCGCAGUAGCCCAACUCACGCUGCGGCCCAUCAUCCAUCUUGUCGAGAUCCCAUUCACCACAUUGUCCGCGGCUGGCAAUCCAGUACUCCAGGGCUUCUUCCAGCACACACGCGUGUAUAUGGGCGAGACACAGAUUGCGGCACUCCUCUUUGCUUCUCUCCCGAACUUGAAAGAGCUCGAUCUGCAAAUCAUCUCCAACGGUAGCCUGCAUGAGCUCGACAGCGGUCGUUAUGGCCAUGCAUGUAGCGUACAGUGCAGGCUUCCAGUCAAGGCUGGGUCACACCCCCUCGAUAUCGCCAUGAACCCAGGAUUGAAGGCGCUCCGGAAGCUGCAUCUGCAUGCUCGUCAUAUGAGCUGGGAUUGGCUGGCGUUGUCUUCCCUGAGGGCUGUCACCCUUGGCCUUCACUGUAGCGUCGAUUGGGAUACUGCAUCAGCAGGUGUCUCCAUGGUCGAAGAACUGGUGCUGAAUCUGACCACCGAGGUCUUCCUUAACGACGACCGGAGAUACAAAGAUCUACCCAAACUCUUUCAGCGAAUGCCCUGCCUGCGAUCGCUCACCAUCAACAUAAGCAACAAGUGCUUAGCUCCAGGGCCAAAUCAGAUCGAGGCUGAUAUUCUUGGGAAUGAUGCGCGGGGAAGCAUGGAAAUCCUCAUCGAAACUAUGUCUGCAGUAUCGCAGACACUAGAAGUGCUGUGCAUCAAGAAAGCCGGCACAGAUGCGCAUUGCUUCAAGUACCUGGAGCCGGUAACAAGCCUGGCCCACUUCAACCAAAUGAAGCACCUUCAAAUACCCAUUGAAGGAGUUUUGGAGCGUGGCCUGGUGUCGAGGAAGAGAAUUGGGGAGAUACUGCCAGACAGGCUUGAACAGUUGCGCCUCUCAGGCCUAUCUGUAGAAGCCAUGAAGAGGUUGGAAGAUGUGUCCUCGGAAGAUGCUAGUCUGGCGGCUUACAAGAAUGGUGACUUCACCGACUUAGUUAUCAGCUGCGGCAACUCGACAUUCGAUGUGCAUUCCGUUGUGGUUGGCUCAGCAUGCGAGUUCUUCGCGAAUAAUAUCAAAUUCGCCGGAAAGGUCAGUCCGCAGCGUUUCGCGCCAACCUCCCGUAUUGACAUUGGACAGGAAGCUGAUGAACGACGUAUCGAUCUGCCGGACGAUGAUCCAGACAUGAUCCGACGCUUAAUCGCUUACCUGUAUCUGGGUGACUACGAUCCCACCGACGACAUUGGCAUCGCCGCGUUCGAACAACUCAAGCAAUAUGACCUCAACACAGCAGCGGCGCCCGCUCACCACCCCCGCCGAUACGCAUUUGGAAGCUCUCAGCGUCAUGAUCAAUGCGCUUGCCUCGCGUUGAACCUCAAGAAUAUCGAGCAGUCGGAAAUGAAAAUAGAGCAGCAGAAGAAAGCGUCCCAAUACGUCAGCCACCGAAAGCCCGACAACAGCAUCGAAAUCACCAGUCCGCUUACAAUACACGCGAGCAUGUAUGCGCUCGCUGAUAAAUAUCAGGUGAAGGGGCUUAGCCGACUUGCAAAGACCAAGUUUCGCGAGAGCCUGGAUCACCACGUUGAUUCCGAAGACUUCAUCGCCGCAGUACAACUUACGUACAGCAACACCCCAGAGACUAACCGCGGUCUUCGAGACGAGAUAGUGCAGGCUUUCCGGACAUAUUUUAAGGUGGACAUCACCGAGUUGUCCGGGCUGGAAUCCAAGCUAGACACCAUUGAUGAGUUGGCUUUUCUGCUUCUCAAAUCCUGGCCCAGGAAGAUGGAAUCUGCAAGCCCUCAGAAGUUUGUCUCGUCUGCAGGUGCCGCUCACACGGCUUCUCAUCUGGUUAUUACCGCUGGUCCGCCCACCUCCGGUUCCAACGCGAUUUCCGCUUCUUCCAACGCUCCUGUGACAACCACUGGGUUUGCCUCUUACGCUCAUACGCCAGGUCCAACUACCUCUAGUACUCCAGCCACAGGAAGCUUGUUCGGAAGCCUUCCUCCACGUGCUUCGGGUGGAUUCGCAGGCUUCUCGUUAACACCCAGUGGUACUGGUAACGCUAGAUCAAGUCAACCAACUCGUCCUUUCGGAUCUCCAGCGUAA